AUGGACUUUGAAAAGCAUGAAAAAGGAAGCUUAUUAAAUGAGAAUUUAGAGGAGAAACUGACGGUCUCUUCUGGUGAUUCUGAAGCUAAACCUCUGAUCUUCACAUUUGUCCCCACUGUCAGAAGACUGCCAACCCACUCCCAGUUGGGUGACACCUCUAAAUACAUUGUUAAAAUUCCUGAGGAACCAAGUGAUAAGACUCCAGAAACUGUAAAUAGGUUUGAUUCCCAUGAGUACUUGACCUUGAAUGUUGGGAGCCAACAAGAGAGAGAACAAGGAACGCUGACCUGCCCUUCAGAGGUCAAGGACAAGGCUUCCCAAGGAAGGGAAUUUAAAGAGAAGAAACCUCAAGGAAUGCAGCAAAGUGACCUCUUCAAAGCGGAAUAUGUCUUUAUUGUGGACUCUGAGGGGGAGGAGGAAACCCCGGGCAGAAAAGGUGACCAGGGACCCCCGGUGGGGACAGGCCCCCCGGCUGCUCGGCCCGCGUCUCUCGCCAUCUCCUCCAGUCUGGCCUCCGAUGUGGUGCGCCCCAAAACUCGAGGGGUGGACCUCCAGGCCCCGUUGCAUCCUGAACGGCCUCAGGCGAUGGCUCCUCAGCAAAGACAUGGCCAGUUAACUUCUCCCACUGCCUCUGAGCAGCUUGCCUGUAAACCACCUGCUUUCUCCUUUGUUUCUCCAACUAAUCAGAAAACACCACCUGCCCCAGGCGACCUCGCCGGCGCCUCUGUCCUGGAGGAGUUCCACUCGAGGAGGCUGGAUACCCGUGGGGCCCUGGUGGAAGAAACAACCACGUACUUUCAAACUUCCGUUCACUCUGCACCCUUUUUUGCACCGAAGGGCACGUCCUCGACGUCACAGGUCCCCCAGCCCGCUCAGGUAUCAGGUUCUCCUUCAUCCAGUCCAAGCGCAGCACAGCAAAACCCGGGGCAGCCUUCCGAAGUCCUCAAGAAGACGGUCACCUCGAACGUCCUUAGUCCCAAAGAGAGUCCGAGAGCCUCUUCUCCUUCACCAGCCUCCGGUGCUUCUCUGAAGUCGGGUGCAGCCUCCUACAUCCCAGUCCGCAUCGUCACGCACUCGCUCUCGCCGAGUCCCAAAGCUUUCCCCUCCCCUUUCCACGGCUCUUCCUCCACGGUCUGUAGCCAAGCGUCCUCCAGCGGGAGCCUCUCAAGGCCAGGGGUGAGACCCCUGGUGCCCUCCAGGCUUUCCGUUCUCACUGCCAUCCUCAAGUCCAACCCUUCUCACCAAAGGCCCCUUUCCCCGGCCUCCUGUCCCACCUUCUCUCUCAACUCCCUGGCUUCCUCCACGCUCACGCUUGAUCAAAAAGCCAAACAAACCCCACCCACACCUAAGAAAUCCCUCUCAAGUUGCUCCCUGCGAUCGGGGUCUCCCGAGCAAAGGGAAAACCCGGUUUCCCACCUCAGCCAGCCAUCCUUCCCCUUUUCUUCUCCCACCAAAGCUGCUCCCUCUCCCCAGGCAUCGGCCCUUUCUCCCCCAAAACAGGGCAGUAGCAGCUUCGCUUCUGUGAUUGUAGAGAAAAUGCCAUCCCCGACUCUGAAGAGCAGCCCAGUGACUUCCCAGCUGCAGACCGGUACCUCCAGCUCCGUGGGUCUGCCUCCCGUCCCUCCAAGCUUUUCUCCUCUGUCUUCCAAAGGCAGACAGGAUGCUGAUCCCAGAGGCCCGGGAAAGCCCAGGGAUAUCUGCUCGCAUGCUUCUCCAUCACCUUCCUCCACAUCGUCUUCUGUGUCUCCUCCCACUAACCCAAGGGCCAGGCUCUCCUCACCAGAGAGACUCUACCAUCCGUCCCCAGCUCUUUCAAACCUGAUAAACCGAUCCAGGAGCGCACAAGCGCUGGCCUCUGGCCAAGGGCAGACUCCGUCUACUCCACGCCCAGCCCCUGUCUCCAGCUGCAGCUCUGCCUCUCUUCCCCGUCUGGGGCCCUCUGCUCUCCCCCUGGCUAAUCCUCCCACAAAAGCACGCCAGCUCAGCCCCUCCGCGCUGCGCCCAGAUCUUACCCCGCCUUCAAGACUUGGGAAACCCGAAAGCUCUGUAUCUGAGCACAGGUCAUCUGUCUCAGCCCCGUCACCUCCCUUCUCUCUAACAAGAACCCAGGAGCUGAGUUCACCUUGUACAUUGUCCAUGUCAGCAGGCCCUGAGAAUAAGAAACCCAAGCAAUACAAGACCAGGUCCAGCUACAAGGCUUUUGCAGCAAUCCCAACAAACACAUUGCUUUUGGAACAGAAGGCACUAGAUGAACCAGUCAAGACGGACAGCAUUUCUAAGGACAACACCUUAGACCCACUUCUGGAGUUGUGUUCCCCUGCACAGCUCAGGCAGCAAACUGAAGAGCUCUAUGCUACCAUUGAUAAGGUCUUACAGGAUUCCUUGUCCAUGCAUUCUUCUGAUUCUCCUUCAAGUUCCCUACAGACUUUGUUGGGUUCUGACACAAUCAAAAUGCCUACAACUCUUCCAAGAGCAGCUGGUCGAGAAACCAAAUAUGCAAACCUGUCCUCACCAUCUUCUACAGUAUCGGAGAGUCAGCUGACAAAGCCUGGAGUAAUUCGCCCCGUACCGGUAAAAUCCAAAAUAUUACUGAAAAAAGAGGAGGAAGCCUAUGAACCCAACCCUUUCAGUAAAUACCUGGAGGAUAACAGUGACUUCUUUUCUGAGCAGGAUGUGCCUGUCCCUCCCAAGCCUGUUUCUCUCCAUCCUUUAUAUCAGACUAGACUCCAUCCUCCUGCUCAGUCCCUACUGCGACCACAGACCCUCCCGCAUGCUGACUGUCUUACCCCCGGACCCUUCAGUCACUUGUCCUUCUCCCUGAGUGAUGAACAGGAGAAUUCUCACACCUUGUUUAGUCACAACGCAUAUAAUAAGCUGAGUCAUCCAAUGAUGGCUAUUCCGGAACAUGAAACCCUUGAUUCCAAAGAGGUAAAUGUAGAAUAUAAUUGA